ACAGAUAACAUCUGAUCGGAACUGUCAGACAACAUGCAAAAGCCUUCUGCAAUGAUGUGGUUGAGAUCUUGGUUAAGAGUCCUUGGGUAAAGUGCAUUUUAUUAUUACAAAGUGCACAGUUUGUGCAGAAGAAAACGAGUUCGAGAAAGUGUAAGACUACGUAUUUAUAGAAGCCGCAAGACACUCCAGUUUCGUUUAAGGCCUGACUAAUUUGUUUUAAAUAGUCUCGGAUAACAUUUUCGAAACGGGUAGUGGUCGAAAUUUGGUGUCUGUGCCCCCUCAUCGUCCUGUACUUAUUAGCCUAACAUUGAGUACUUUCUGUUUCGAGGAGAGUAGUUUAACAGAGAAGAGAACAAGAUAUUUUAAAAGGAGGAAGCAAUGGAAUGAGAAGAAAGGAGAAGUAUUUUAACGGCGUUGCUAUCCGAAUAUGCCAUAGAAGGAGAGGGUUGCAGAAUUUUGCUGUGUUUUCUAAUACAGCAAAUAAAAUUAGUGAUUAUGCACGUUUGUAAAAGUGCAUAGUAUUUGGCACAUGAGUUUUCAGAAAUAAACCGAGGAUUAUUGCAAAUCAAGAUCUGCUCUAAAUACCAACAGACAGUUCAGUAAUGCCUUAUAGCCUUUUUGCUGGUGUAUGUUUUUCACACUGUUGGUAUUUAUUUUCUUGAUCUGAAAUGGAAUGGGGCACAAUUAUUCUUGCUUCUUUACCAAUCAUCAUACUACUGUUGUAUUGGCACUUCACACGUACAUUUUCCCACUGGAGGAAGAAAGGUGUCUUUUAUAUUGAGCCUCAGAUUUUCUUUGGAAAUGUGAAGGAUAGAUUCACCUUCCGCUGUUCCUUUCACGAAAUGCAACUGAGGCUUUAUAAGCAGUUUGAGGGGCAUCCUUUCGCAGGAUAUUUUGAGGGCCGUCGACCUGUAUUAAUAGUUCGAGACCCAGACCUCAUCAGGAACAUCAUGGUCCGUGAUUUUGACUGCUUCGUGGACCGACCAGUGCUACGUUUGAAGAACAGACCACACAUAGAUAACAUGUUAAUUAACCUGAAGGGAGCUGAGUGGAAAAAAGUACGUGCUAUGCUCACCCCUACUUUUAGCUCAGGAAAGCUGAAAUCUAUGGAGGAAAUAGUAGUACAGUGUGGAAAUCAGAUGACACGCUACCUAACAGAACAUGUUACAGAUAAUAACAAUGAGUUUGAAAUGAAAGAUCUCUUUGGAAGGUUCACAAUGGACGUUAUUGCAACUUGUGCAUUUGGUGUGCAGUGUGACUCGCUGAAGGACCCAAAUGAUGAGUUUGUGAAAACAGCUUCAGAAUUCAAUGACAUUUCUGUUUUGGACAGAGUUAUCAUACUUGCUGUACUUUUUAUUUUCCCACCACUGCUGAAGUACCUACCAGUGUCCUUCUUCAAUGAAAAGUCCAUAGCUUUUCUCGCAAAAGUGGUCCAAGAUACAAAAGAUUAUCGUAAGAAUAAUGAAAGUGCAAGGAGGAAUGACUUCUUGCAAUUGGUUUUGGAUGCUGCUGCGAAGGAAAAUGAAGACAUAAAAGAGCAGCGUAUCCAGGAAUCAGUGAUGACAGAUGAUAAAAUAGUUGCUCAGUCAGUUUUAUUUCUUCUUGCUGGCUAUGAGACUUCAAGUACACUCCUUUCUUAUGCCAGCUAUGAAUUGGCUCUAAGCCCUGAUGUUCAGGAAAAGGCUAGAAAUGAAGUGAAGAAGGUUUUGUCAAAAUAUGGAGGCGUAUGCACAUAUGAAGCACUGAAUGAGAUGAAUUAUCUUGAAAAUGUGUUGUCAGAGGCCCUGCGCAUGCAUCCUCCAGUGGCAAGGAUUGACAGGAUGUGCACCAAACCUUACACAAUACCAGGCACAGAUGUGAAGAUUGAUGUGGGAGAUAGUGUGUCCAUACCAGUCAUGGGAUUGCAUUAUGAUCCACAGUACUACCCAGAUCCAUAUAAAUUUGAUCCAGACAGAUUUGUGGCAGAAGAGAAACUAAAACGCCCUUCACAUGUAUAUCUGCCAUUUGGUGGUGGUCCAAGGAACUGUAUUGGUGCAAGGUUUGCAAUAAUGAGCACCAAAAUAGGAAUGGCUCAUCUUUUGAAAGAUUUUAAUUUGAAAAGAUAUGAAAAGACUGAUGUUCCAUGUCAGAUUGAUACCAAGUCAAUGUUACUUAAAUCUAAAAAUGGAAUCUGGUUACGCCUUGAAAAAAUAAAUGCUCAUUGAUUUUUAGUAUAAACUACAAUAAUUUAUGAGCUACUUUUCUAUGAAUAAAGCUUAUGCUUAUG